AAAUAAAAUAAAUAAUUUUCCAAAAGAUAUUGUGCUGGUCAGGUACACUUGUUGUUAGGUAUCCAAGGUUUUAUUUGGAAAUAUGUAUAAGAUGUACAAGAGGUUAAGUAUUAAUACUUGUUAAUACUUAAGAAGGUUAAAGAUAAAAAUUGAUAAGGACUGUAUAAAUGAUUUUAAUAUUCUUAAACUUUCUUAAAAAUGGAACCUGCGAAAGUUAAGAACAAGAUUGGAGAUAUUUUUAAUAAUAUGGCUUAUGGACCUAACUUUGAAGAUACAAAACUUGCAAUUGACUGGUUAAAGACUAAACAAUCUUCCUUUUUCGCAUACAUAAAAAAACCAACAGAGGAGCUGAAUGGGACACCAUUACCUUUAUUAAGUGCAAUUAAACAAGAACAACUGUGUACAAUUAAUGUGCCAGACAUUGAUACUGUUAAAAAAAUCUUGGAACAAGAAGAAAAAUCAUGGAAAGUGGUAAAUCCACUGGAGAAAACAAAAAUAAUCAACAAAAUUGGAUUAGAGAUUGAAAGAAAGGCUGAGCUUUUUGCUCAGUUGGAGAUAUUAACUAGAGGAAUCCUAGCAAAACAUACCAAAAGCAAAGCUAUAAAUCUUUUAGCUCAAUACUUUCAAUAUUAUUCAGCAUUUGCGUUUUGCUCUGACGAAGAAUUUAAAGUUAAAGAGUCUGGUAUUGCAGUUGGAGUCAUAUCCAAUGAAAAUUAUUUAGCUCAUUUAGGUCUAUUCAUCGCCCCUGCUUUGGCUGCUGGGCAUAAUAUUGUUUUACAAAUUGGAUCGCAAUUAGCACCUGCUGCUUUUUUGCUUCAAGAGAUUGCAUUAUCAGUUGGACUACCAGAGGGUACCUUGAGAAUCAUCCCGUCUGACGAUGGAGAACUUGUACCAUAUUUCACUAUGGAUAGUGUAAAAAUUAUUUCAUUAUUUGUCGAUUUAAAUAAUGAUAAAUAUCGCGGAUUUCAUAAUCAUAAUAAACAUUUAAUUUUGCCAUGGUCAACAGAUACUAUCUUAGUACAAGAAAAUAUUUUUCCGACGUUUCUAACCAAACUUAAAUCAAAACUUACAACAUUAGAAGUAUCAACUGCAGAUAACAAGUCAGCACGUAUAUCUAUCAAUUUAAAUAAUACUUCUCAGUUGAAUGACUUGAAUAAUACUACGAAACAAGCAAAACUUCAAGGAAUUGAAGUUUUUCAAGCCACAGAUAAGUCGGACGUCUGGAAUCCUUGUGUCUUGGUAGGAGGCCAAAUUAACCAUAAUGCUCUAGGUUCUAAAGAUGGCCAGUCCAAUGUCAUCACUGUCGUAGCAUUUAGGUCUAUUGAUGAGGCCGUUAGUUUAGCAAAUAAUUCCAAACAAGGAUUGUGGGCGUCAGUUUGGUCUGAUAAUGCGAACCUCAUUAAUGAACUAACAAGAAAACUAAAGAUUAGCAAUAUAUCUGUAAAUGGUAGCUAUGAACUUUCACCAGAAGUUGUUAUAUCUCCUACUAAGGACAGCGGAAUGGGAUAUUUUGGAGGAAAAGAAGGUUUCAUGGAAUAUUCAUCAGGACCAAUUGUGUCAAAAUGUACCAACUUAGGACGUAGCGACUCAGUUGCUAAUGUUGAUUCAAUUGUUAACGCUGCGAAAAAAGCACAAGAAAGUUGGCAAAAGAUACCUAGUAUUCAGAAACAAAAAAUACUACAAGAUUUCGCUGAAAACUUAUCUCCGCUAAAAAGUAGCGAAUGGGUAAAUGAUUUGCUGAAAUCCAUUUAUAAAACAAUCCAUAAUUCAUCUGUAAGCAAUGCCACAUCUAUUCUCGGUGGGUAUAACUUAGCUUCAAUUAGAGAACCACGAGGACUUAUUGUUAUCGACGUUUGUCAAUGUAAAAAUGCCGAACUAAUUAUUACUUCCAUAUAUGAAGGAAAUUCCUUGAUCGUUUUAUCUGAUGAUAGCAGUAAUUCAGAAUUAAAACUACUUAGCAGUAAACUGCCAAAUGGAGUACUGAACGUACUACCACACGGUACAAAUACAUUGGAGAAAUUGUCAAAAAAUGAAAAAAUAAGUUGUUAUUUUGGAGACGAUUGCCAGAAAAUAUUUGCUUCCUUGCCACUGAGGGAUUCAAAAAAAUAUAUAAACACUCCAAUGCAGAUGAAAGACUUUUAUAGCAAAACAGGGAUUAUAAAGAAUAUUUUGACUGAUAUUGGAAAGUCGAGUACAUGUAGUUUUUAAUAUAUUUUAAUUUGUAAAAAGGAAAUAUAUACUUUUAUAAACAUAUUUCUAAUCUCCAAUUAACUUAGUUAAACUAAUGAGUAAAUAUUUCUCAGUUUAUCGCCAAACUACCACACACCUACCACUGUGCCGACAUGAGCGGCAUCGCUGCGCGCCGUUAGUGAGAGCGCCCACCAAAGUGGCGUGGCAGUGGCAAGUAGCACGCGUCUAGCAUAAUGUAACCAAUCCUAACGAAUGAUUAGAAUGAAUGACGUUACUGUCAUUUUGGUGUAAACUGAAUCAUUC